UCUCAGUUGUUAUUUAUACUUUCCCUUUCUCUAGCUCCUUUUUUAUCUACUCAAUGUCAAACCCAGUUCAACUCUCCACAGACCAUUUGCCUUCCGAACCUCUCCUUAAACCCGAAGCGUUUGUCGACGCCAAUGCCCAAAACCAAUCGGCUGAGUGGCCAAAAUCUCCCAAUGGCGCCCAACCCGAGACACCGGCACUAGGCCCGUACAACUCGCCGUCCUCGGCAGAGCCCAAGGUGAAGCGGCGCGUCGUGGCGCCGAAAACUUGGUUGCCAGCUGGAUGGUUGGUCGAAUAUAGGGUUCGGAGCUCAGGUGCCACAGCUGGAUUGGUUGAUAAGUAUUAUGUUGAUCCAUCCUCGGGCCGAAAAUUCAGAUCGAAGAAAGAAGUGCUUUACUUUCUAGAAACUGGAAUGCUCCAACCUAAAAGGAAGAAAGGAACAGAGACUCCUGGCAGUGAAGAAGUUUCUACAGGGAUCUCUGCUGGCAACAAACAGAAGAAGUCUGAUAAAAAACCAAAGCCAUUAAACUUUGAUUUCAGUAAUGUGCCGGAGAAAGUUGGUUGGUUGUUGAUGAAUGCCUCUGCAGACUCAUGGACUCCCUUCCUUGGGGAUGACCAAGUGCCUGAAUCUACUAGACAAGAUUGGACUGCUGCAUUUACUUCCCUAACACCCAGCAAAAGCGAUCAAGCAAUGUUUGAAAGACAUUCUACAUCUGAUUAGAUUCACUGCACCUUUAAAUGCAUGGUUUCGCACUGACCAGGAAUAUGCGUUUCUUGUUCCAGCUCCAAUUGUUUUAGUAUCAGCUCUAAUCACUCAUGUCUUAUUAUCUAUACUUGGGCUCAUUUCACACAGCAGCCAGGCUCAACAAGAGUUAGGAGACCUUUCUAGUUAUAGUUAUAGGUUUCUUACACACAUGCAUUUAUUCUUUGUUAUCUUUGCUCUGAUUUAUAUGUACAUGUAGUUAGAUGUUCCUUUCAAAAUAGCUUUGUUCUUUCAAAACUCAGAAUAGAUGGUUUUGUUUCAAUUUUUAAAAAAUAAAAUGUAGAUACUUUGUUAUUUGGUUUCUUAUGGAUUUGCUUUUCUUGUUUCAGCAUUGCAUUUCUCGUUACAAUUAAACUGUGCAUCUCCUUUUGUUUCAGCAAUGAUUUUAGAAAUCUGACAGUGGA